GCCAACCCUACCAUCUCCUCUGACGACAACAUAAACUUGAGCAGCGCUCGAAACAGUCUUCAGACCGUUUGUGUCAGUGAGAAAGGAAAGAAGGAAGAUUUUACGGACCACCACGACAACAACAACAACAACAUCUGUCACAACUACUAUUAAUACUACUACUAUAAUUAUUACUCUUGCUAUUAUUAUUAUUAUUAGUUGUUGCGGUUAUUACUACUACAACUACUGUUUGUAUUUUCUAUUACUAUUUGUACUACGACGACCGGUGUUGUUGCUUUCGUGAAAAAGACAGAAGCAGAAUUUUACACACGACAACAUUAACAACAACAACAGCAACAUCUGUCACAACUACUAUUAAGACUACUACUAUAAUCAUUACUCUUGCUAUUAUUAUUAUUAUUAUUAUUAUUAGUUGUUGCGGUUAUUACUACUACAACUACCGUUUGUAUUUUCUAUUACUAUUCGUACUACGACGACCGGUGUUGUUGCUUUCGUGAAAAAGACAGAAGCAGAAUUUUACACACGACAAUAUUAACAACAACAACAACAACAUCUGUCACAACUACUAUUAAGACUACUACUAUAGUCAUUACUCUUGCUUUGCGGUUAUUACUACUACAACUACUGUUUGUAUUUUCUAUUACUAUUCGUUCUACGACGACCGGUGUUGCUUUUCUCGUGAAAAAGACAGAAGCUGAAUUUUUACAAACGACAAUAUUAACAACAACAACAACAACAACAGCAACAACAACCGCGACAGUAAUAAUGAUAAUAGUAUUAUCGAAAUUAUUAUUAUUGUUAUUAUUUGCAAUUCUGACGAUCACAUCGACGACGAUUACGUCGGCUGCGACGAUGAUGGUAACACACUGAAGCAAACGCGCUUAAAACCACGACGAGAAGAACCACCACCACCGCCACCAUUACUACUACUACUACUACUACUACUACUGCUGCUAUGACCGGUGAUAUCUUCUAAGAUAGAUAAAACUUACAACUCAAGCGCGACACACACCAUCUCUGCAACAACCACAACAACAACGACCGCAAGAACUACUACUACUACUACUACUACUACUGCUACCGGUUUUUUAAGCGCUGCAAACAAUAACUAAACUACUACACGUUGACAGUAACAAUAACAAGGAAAAGUUAUUUUAAAAAAAUUUUUAAUUUUUGAAGAAAAACUGAAAUAUGUAUACCAGCGCUAUUACUAGUACUACUACUUCUACUACAACGACUACUACCACUGCUAUUACUUCUACUAAUACGGGUACGAUAAUUAAUAAUAAGAAUGGUAAUAAGAAUGACAAUAACUGUCAUUCUGUAAAUAAAACGAAAAAUACUACAACUAUUGCUUCAUUUACACACUGCUGGAUCUACUACUGUUGGUUGUUUUGGUGUUUUGUCACGGUUUUGCCACAAACUGCUGCUGCUGAUUACUGGUCAGACUGGUCAGAAUGGAGUCUUUGUUCCCGGACCUGUGGUGGAGGAUCUUCUUACCGACUCAGGAAAUGUAUCCAAAGUUUCUUACCACAACACACGUGCAAAGGAGACUCCAUACAGUACACCACCUGCAACAACGAGAUGUGUCCGAACCCGACCGAUGAUUUCCGUGCUCAACAGUGUACGGCCUACGAUGAUAAGAUGUACUUUGGACAAUAUUUUACCUGGAUACCUUACCGGAAUCCAUCAGAUCCAUGUUCACUUUACUGCCUGGCCAUACAAGGAAACAUUGUGAAAAGCCUGGCCCCUAAGGUUCUUGAUGGAACCCGAUGUAACGCACAAACCCUUGAUAUGUGCAUCAAUGGUAAAUGUUGGACUGUCGGCUGCGACCAUGAAUUGAACUCUGACAAGCAGCUAGACCAGUGCGGUGUAUGUGGCGGGAACAACAGCUGUAUCACUUCGACGCCACUCUCCACAGACGGAGAUCAAGUUACUGAUACUGAUGUAAUAAACCGAAAACUGUCGGACACCAAAGACCGGAAGUUAUCCGAGAAAUCUUUCGACGGCAGCCAUCUUAAGAGCGACGAGAACAACGAUCAACGUCAACAAUACCAGCAACAGCAGCACCACCACCAUCACAGAGAGCAAGAGUCACAAGAGCAACAACGACAACAGCAACAACAACAGCAUCAGCAACAGGAAAAGCAGCAGCAGCAGAAGCAGCAGCAACAACAGGAGCUGCAGCAGAAACUGCAACAGCAACAGGAUGAAGAAAUUGUAGAUGGCGAUAGCAAACUGGUAAAGAUGCAAAUGAAGAGAUGGAGGAAGAAAAAGAAAGACAAAGAAUUGUAUCGAUGGGAAGUGAAAUACGGAGAGUGUUCCGUCACCUGUUCUUUAGGUGUAAGACAACCCAAGAAAGUGUGUUUGGACACAAAAGCAAACUCAGUGGUCGACAAUGAAUACUGUACGUCGCUGGAUGACAUUCAGUUACCACAACCAAAGAAUUGCUCCACGCAGAAAUGUCCUCCACGGUGGGAGGCACAAGAAUGGCAGCCCUGCACCAUGACUUGUGGUGGAGGGACCAGUCUGAGAGAAGUAAGUUGUAUGGAAUACGGACCUUCCGGUCAAGCGCGAUGGGUAGAAGACCAAUCCUGUAAGCAGCUGAAACCUUCGGAAUACAAAUCUUGUAACACGGAUAUUUGUCCUCGAUGGUAUGCCGGAGAAUGGUCUCCCUGUAGUGUUACGUGUGGCUUCGGCAUUCAACAUCGCGUGGUUAUCUGCCGUAAUAGUGGUAACAACACGUGUGAGGAAGAAGAAAAGCCCACUACAAGCCAGACGUGUACAACUAAUUUACCUUGCUUCGAAAGGUCCGGUGAUAUUCAAGAGACAUUGUUGACCGAUUAUAUAGAGUCUAGUCCACCCAAAUAUGGUCUGGCACCAAACAUCUCAAAGCUGGAUCUUUCAGCUCCCAGGUUCAUCCCAUACGAUUGGUCACCUUGCAGUGUCACGUGUGGAACUGGCGUCAAAACGAGGCGUGUUCCAUGCAAAAUAUUUUUACAAUUUCUGAACGAAGUCACUGAGGUUCCACACAAAGAAUGUAUUGAUGCUGGCGAAGAGAAACCGGUGAGUUCAAUGGAGUGUAACGUGGGAAUAUGUCUUGACCACGGUUCAGGGACAAUCGAUACAGACAACAGCUCCGACUAUAGGACAUACGUCUGGAAACUGACCGACUUCACAUUCAGCAGCGACAACAACGUGGAAGGUAAGUAACGAUGUCGAUAAUGA